CUAAGAAUGGCACAGUUUCAUUUCUAAGCAACAGAAAAAACUUCAGUUGCAGAAUACCAACAACGGACAUUGUGUGGAGAUCUGCAUCACAUUGCUGCUGCCUGCUUUCCAAAUAUCGCCAUGACAGUGCCUGAGCAGGUGACCUACGAAGUCUUCUGUUUAUCCCUGGCAGCUCUAGUGCUGGCUGUGAUUGAGCUCCUGCUGCUCUGUUGCGUCCUCAAACAAAUCAGAAACAGAAACAUCACCGAGAUGCAGAUCUCAGCAGAACAACCUAGUCGUAAACUGACUGUCAGAACCAAGCCCGACCAUGCAGACCAGCUGCUGGACCACCUGCUGGACAGAGUGUUUCUCCAGGGGAAUGCAGGACUAGCAUCUGGAGGAGAAUCCCCAGCGGACGUUGAAUCACAAACUGGAGGAGAAUUCAAGAAGGAAGUUGGAUUAGAACCUCAGAAGAACCUUAGAGAAGGAUCUGGAUCAUACCCAGAAGCUUCAACAUCCACUUCUCAUCCUCAAAGAGCUGUGAAUCCUCUUCAUAACAGACUGCAGCAGUGGUUCCAGGUGACUGCUCCUGGUCAACAUGAGAAAAAAAGACAUUUCAAAACUGCAUCCCAUCAAACAUCUUCUGUGGAUCAAACCAACAACACGUACUCGCAGCAGUCCCAUGAAUCCCAGCAUGGCUCUUCCUCAUCUAAGGGUCCUUCAUCCACUGCAUCCUCAGAGGAAGACAAGUAGCACGAUGGGACAGAAGAUCAGAAACACAAACACUGAUCAGAUUCUGAAAGAAUCUGUCAAAUAAAACAGCAGAGCAUAUAACAGUCA